CCCCAGAAAGAGCGGGGCAGCAAGACCCACGCCGGGCAGACGCCAUCACGCCACACUCAGCGUCGGGAGAACGACGUGGAAAGAUGUAAAACCUUCAGUAAUAAUUCUCCCAAGACGUCAGACAGGGGUGGAGGAGGGGCCCUGUGGCCCCGCCCAGCCCGCCUGAGUGGCUCAGAGCUCGUUGUGUUGACUAAAUUACUGCCCGCGCUGCCGACCAAUAGUCACUCGUGCAUGUCUUAGGGACAGGAGGUCUAUUUCUCUCAAGACAGCGCCUCUCCACCCACAUCGCCAGGAUUUUGUUCACCUGUACAGUCUUCAAGGUAGAUCAGGACCACUAGCUGACUGCCUUUAUUACAACACAAUCUAUCUGAAGUUACUACUCAGAGGAGGACUUCCUUUGGGCACGAUCAGUCCCGUUAACAUUGUGAACGAAAAGUCUGAAAAGUUUUCGGUCGUGGCGUCUUGGCUCCUCCCACCCGACAGUGGCAGAUAUUCCUAACAUCUUCAUCACAAGGUCACAAGGCGGGGUACCGAGAAAGGAGUGCCAUCCUUAGGGCCACAUGGCACAGCGACAGUCGAAGGGGAUCGGACUGGACGUGUGUCGUUGUCAUGCGGCAGCUGUAGUGACCAGCGACCAUCGGUGGUAGUGCUUGGUGUGUGCUGAAAAGUGGCUUCAGGUCCACCUUCUUCACGCGCUGCAAUUCUCAAAUUGUUGAUUAACACAUUGCUCAGUGGGCCAGCACAAAUGUGUUUCCAAUUGUUGGUGGCGGCGUAGCGUUCCUUGGAUCCCUUGUCUUCACCUCACCGCUGUCCAGGUGUCACAAGUAUACACCAGCCAUAUUUUCGCUACACAAUAUCACUAAAGUGUUCGAGGUGUCGCCAGAGGCCGUGUCGACGCGUGGCUCGCUGGCGGGGCACUCAAGCGAGGCCAGUGUUGGUGCAGCACCCGGCGCCCUCUCCUGCGGCACGAUGAAAGACGACUACCUCGCCUCCAGUGACCACACGCAAGGUUAUGGCGGUGGCAGCCUCAGCGACAUCAAGAGGGAGGAGGAAGUUUACCAUUACCCGCCGGCCACGUCUCAUCCCAACCACCACUACAGGACUGAGGUGUACGGAAAGCCCCUCCUGAUGCCGCCCCUCCAGCCAGACCCACAAGUCCACGCCGCUAAAGCCUACGACCACAUCGACUCCACCAGCUCCACACAUGCGGCCUUCGAAGCGCCAAAGAUAUACGACAAUAAACUCUACGACACCACCAAAGCCUAUGAGAAGAUGUACAUCACUAAGGAAUACGACAAGAUGGCGAUAGAUCACAUGAGUCCUUCCGUGUACGACAGUCACGACCCCAAAUCUUACGACAAGCUGUAUUCGUCCAAAGGCCACAUGGAGGACAAGAUGGACGACGCCGCGUACGACAAGUGUUGUGACAAGACGUACAGGACUCUAGAGACGCUGGACUCCACCACGUACGACAGGCCCUACGACGCGUCCAAGGUGGUGGAGCCAGUGGACUCAACCACGUACGAGAAGGUGCAGCCCCUGGACCCCGUGGCGACUUCCCUACCGGAGUCGCAAGACAAACCCUCCACCACUUCCUCCUCGGGAACAAAAAAGGAGGAGAGCUCUAAGGAGAACGGAGACCUGGACCCUAACAAGAAGCCACCCUACUCGUACGUGGCGCUCAUCACCAUGGCCAUUAAGGCCAGCCCGGAGAGAAGAUUGCAGCUGAGCGAGAUUUACCAGUGGAUCGCCAACAAGUUCCCUUUCUACGCCAAGGAGAACGCCAAGGAGAAGCAGGGCUGGAAAAACUCCAUCCGACACAAUCUGAGCCUGAACGAGUGUUUCCUGAAGCAGCCGCGGGAUGGGAGCGGCGGCGGCGGCGGCAAGGGAAACUAUUGGACGCUUGACCCCCAGCACGAGGAUAUGUUCGAGCACGGUAACUUCAAGCGGCGACGGAGAAUGAGACGCCCUGCCAACCUCCUGCGGCAGCCCUACCCUCCCUACCCUAUCUUCCAGAUCUCCCCGGGCGGAAGUUGGGGGCUUGGCCAGAUGCAGGGCGGGAACUUCGCGAGCUACACACAGGGAACGCGCGUGCACACCCCUCACUCCUAUACGUAUCCGCAGAUGAACCAGCUCCAGGGGCAGAUGCAGCUCAGCGGAGGGUACCAGCAGAUCGGCAGCUCCCUGGGCUCCACGCCUCUCACUUCGAGCGCCUUAGGGUCGAGUUUCCCAAGCCACCUGAGCGGGGGACUGUUGGGCAGCUCCUCCCCGUCCAUAUCAUCCCCGGGUAGCACACACACCUCCCUGGGCUCGGCGCCUGAACUGUGGACCUCAGGCUCGAGCACAGGACUCCACUCCAGCCUCGGUGCCAGCAGUUUUCUAGGGUCCAGCAGUAGUCUGGGAUCCCCCUCCGCCACGCCUUUCCAGCCCUCCUUCGGAAGCGGCGGCGGCAGCUACGGGGCGGGGCUGAACGCGUGCCGCCGCCAGGGUGAGGCCACCACCUCUUCCCAGCUGACGCCCCUCCCCUACCCCUACCCCUGCUGGCCAGACUCCAAACCCUAACAGAUGAUGACCAGAGACGCUUUCCCUGGACUGGCGUGAGGCGGCGCGACACUGGAGAGCUAAUGACCCUGACGUUACUCACCACACCCAAGCACUGCUGACUGGCCGCCGACUCCCAUACACCUUCCUUCAAUACCGUUGCCAUAAUGUAACGAUUUCAUCUGGUGACGAAACAGUGACCGAAAUACAAAAAAUGUGGCAAAAGAUAUACAUGUUCUGAAUUUAACAGAGAGGAAGCACUGCAAGGAUAAAUUUAUCACGUUGCCUGCCGCUGCAUAAUUCCCCGCUGGCCGCUGGAGUUCAGCAUGAGUGGACUGACAGGACAGCUGUCGUGUGAAGACAGCCUCAGUUUCAAACAGGGUAGCUUCUUUGUACUUAGCUGUACUAUCAACGGAAGACAGUGGACUGCAAGGGACGCACAAAGCUACCAUACAGUACUCUUGAAAUAGAAGGAGAAAUACAGAACAAUAUACUCGCGUCCUCUUCCCCGUCUUCGAAAUCAAAUCAAUAUUCCUUACAUAAGCUAACAAAUCACAACACAUCUUCCCCAAGACAAGUAGAUAAAGUUUGAUGUCAUACUGAAUUAGUGACCGGACAGCCAGUUCUUGCUCAACAAACUGGUGAAACUUUUGAAUGUCCGCUGAAUGGAAUUAUGGUACAUAUAUGUCUGACAAAUACACCAAGAUGCAAACCAGUGCCUUCAAAAGUGCUACUAUGAAAUGUUACAAUGCCUUUCGAAUCUAUAAGAUAAACUGAUACUUCCUCUUCUUGUCUCUGACUGCUCUCAUUUCUCAAGAUUGAUAAGAUGCUCUGUUGCAAGUUUAGAGCAUAGUUUUGAAAGACAUCAUUGACAACAGACGUGAUCGAAUACCUCAAAGCUUCCAGUGCCUGUGACUGUACUUUUGCUCAGUUAAAUAACCUAUGGUCACUCAAAUUAAGUAAAAAGAGCAGUACUGCCAAUACCAGCCAAAAACUUGAGAAUACGAGUUUUCUUGCAUCUAUCAUAACCAUUUUACACCAGCAUCAUGAUAUCUCCUUCACCUAAGGACAACAUAACAUAAUACCGUGGCAUGACAACCGCCAAGAAGUUAAAAUACAGGUUCUCAUACAAAUUAUGGAGAUCUUCAGUCCUAAGCAUUAAUCCUUUUAUCACCACGGCACCGAUUUCAUUAUAUUCUGGAUGUCAUUAGCUAGAAGAUAAUAAAUUUAGAAUGAUAACUUUCAUUAUCAAGGGGUUUCAGAUCAUUUAGUUACACAUCCAACACAUCCACAUUUUAUUAACUGCAUUAUGAUUAACAAGUAGGAGAUUUCAUAAAGUUUGGAGGCUGUCUGCAGCGCUGAAUGGUUAAAGAAUUAUGCAGAUAUUUCAAGCCACAACAUUCUAAACCCAUCUCCUUGUCUCUGUUCAGCGGCCCUGGUCAGUGUCCGUAACUCCCACCGCCCCUUACCACGCCUCUCUCUCUCUCUCUCUCUCUCUCUCUCUCUCUCUCUCUCUCUCUCUCUCUCUCUCUCUCUCUCUCUCUCUCUCUCUCUCUUUUACCUCUUUGAACACAUCGUUAGUGCAGUUAUUCAGAGUCGUGAAGGUCCAACCACUGUCCCCUGAGAGCGUAUGUGUGAUCAGGAGACACUUAUUGUAGUUGUCUGCGCACUUCAACCUUUUAGUAUUUAUUCUUUACGAUAAUAGGAUAAUAAUUACAGUUUCAUCAGACUUCGGCCACACUUCUGCCCCGUACAGUUCAAACAAACCCAAUAUAUAGGCUUACAUAUAGUCUGUAUAUUUUUGCAAUGGAUCCUCUCUUCUUAUUUCCCAUCCUCUGUUCCCCAUACUGGUCCAUACCCAUCCAUACAGAUCACACACACACACACACACACACACACACACACACACACACACACACACACACACACACACACACACACUAAAAUAGAAAGUUAUAUGAUUAAAAUUUCUCCUGCUUCUCGAUAAGUAACAGUAACAUCGUGACCCUAUACAAAACCAGGAAAACAAAAGUGAUGAAAACAUAAGAUUAUUAUGAUCUGUUUUCCCUUCCUCACGUGAACAAGGAUAAACAAAUACAUGAAUAAAGAGCGAAACGAACAUAAAGACAUGCAUAUUUUCUUUUUAAGAUGAACUGUUAAAAAAAAAAAUCUAUGUAUAUGAUGAGUGUGCAUGACUGUACUGUACUUUUUUUUUUUUCGUCGUUGUAGUCAACAGUGUGGUAAAAUAACACACUGACUUCCAUUGUGCUCAGCGUUCUCCUUCCAUCCUGCCACUGCCACCAAUAGUUCAGUUGUAUGUGUUUGUGAUUAAUUGAAAGAAUCGCGGUUACCCUUUACAAUAUAUAACAAGUACAGUGAAGCAGAAGUAAAAGAAUAAAGUACGAUCCACUACAACACGGGGCAGACUUAACAUUGCCGCUUCCGAUCCUUCUACUCGUACUUGUAAAAUGUUGUAAAGGACACCACAAAUCUUUCAGUUAUCCCAACACUCAAGUCUUCUGAUGAGUUAAGAAUCCAUCAAAUUUCAUGUUACUAGAUCAGACCUAAGACUUAAGACAGAAGGAAAACGCAAAACAACAGAAGAGUGAGACAGGUUACUCCACUGCUGGCUAGGACGGUACUACCACAACCGUACCGUACGUAAACAACCACCCCACCGCCGUGUCUUUACCUGCCACCUGUCCGUCCAGAGGCGUCACGCACGGCCCACACACCCACACCAAGGAUGGUGCUUUCUUCCUGAUCCACACCUACCGCCUCUUGAGUCUCAAAGAGUAUUUGGAUAAGUACCUGGAUGUAUAUAAUUAUAUAUUCUGUGGUAAAGGCAUUGCUCUAC